GCACCCGGGGGCCUCAUCCCCAGGUGGCUGGCGGAGAGAUCCCUGCCUGCCCGUAUCGCACUGGUGUGUCUGUUGUACUGGCUCCGGGGUGCAGCAGAUCUCACCCUUGCAUGCACAGGAUGUGACCAGCUUCAUCGACUGGUAUUACACCUCUCACUUGCAGGCACGAGAUGUGAAACAGCCGCCAAGCUCAGGUGUGUCGAUGGAUCAUUCUCUCUCGGGUGGCGAUCCAUAUGCUUAAUUGCGCCGUGCAGAGCGGCCCGUGCUUGGAGUUGCCUUGGCCCUGGUGAACGUCCUGACUUUGUAUCAGCGAGGCAUUGUC